AUGUGGCCUAUGGCAUUGUUUAUAAGGCAUUUUUCACAUAUUUGGGGUACUAUUUCUGCUGUUAAAAGAGCCAAGCAUGCCCAAGAGGAUAAUCCGUUGCGGCGUCGCUAUACUCACGACUCCCACCGUAACACGCACCGCCAAAAAAUGCAGAAGAGUUUCACUCUCGUACAUACAGUAGCAACCGCAGGCGUCUUCUCGGCUGUCUCCUUCUGGUAUGGAUUCAUGUUCGGUAGAGAGUCUGCACGCAAGGAGCUCGGUGAUUUAAUCGAGAGCCUCCGCCGUACCAAUUCUGAUCCUGCUUCGUCAUCUCCUCCGCCACAACAUUCCUAA